AUGCUUGCCCACAACACGGCACUGGAGAGCGCCAUGACAGCCAAGGACAAUCGUCACCUCAAGCAGUGCUCCAUCUCUCCCUACGAUGCUUCCCUUGUCUGCGUAACGGGGCAAGGCUGUGUGAAGUUCUUCUCCUACGCGGACAGCCACCUGUUCCCUACCUCAGGCGGGGUGGAGGCCCUAGAUGUGCACUACCUGGCCCACACCUGGCUAAUCGAGGAGGAGAGUCGACUCGUCGUGUCCACCGACAACGGCGACCUCCUGCUCUUUGAGCAGCAGCAGUACAAGCACCCCCUUCCGUUGUCCCCGUCUGACGGCAUCGCCAUCACGGCGCUGGCGUCCUACACGAAGGGCUUUGUCUGCGGCGGCGACAUGGGCCUCAUCACGCUCUUCGAGCGGACACUCAGUAAGGAGAUGUAUCGCAAGGUGCGCACGUUCCGCUUCGCCGCUGACGGGCGGUACGGCGCCGUCACGGACUUGACGACGGCGUCGAAGAUCGGCGCCGAGGUGCCGGUUAUCCGCGCCUUCACCUUCACCCCACCUCCUGCGGAGGAGCUGCUUGCCUUUCUCACGAGUACAAAGCAGAUUUACUCACUGAAUGUGCCGAACGCCGAUUUCACGAAGGCUGAGGACAUGAUCUUUCAGCCGGUUGGGCAGCCCUUCCACACGGGCGGCAUUGUUGCGGUGGACACGUGCGUCCAGCGGCCGCUUGUCGCCACCGCCGGCUGCGACGGAAGCUUGUUUCUGUGGAACAGCAUCACCAAUGUGGUGGAGAUGCGCCAUUACUUCCGCGAGGAGAUUUUCAGCAUGGCAAUGCACCCGUCCGGACUGCACAUGAUCAUCGCCUUCACCGACUCACUGCGUGUAUUCAACAUAUACGAGAAGGAAUUGUGCGAGUUCAAGCGUCUCAACAUCCGCAACUGCACCGUGUGCCGCUUCAGCCAUGGUGGGCAGUACUUCGCCGUUGCCAACUCCACCAUCAUCCACGUGCACUACUUCUACACGUGCGAGCUGCUGGGACACCUGCGCGGGCACAACAGCAAAGUGCGCAGCCUCAGUUUCGUGCCGCCGGAUGACACUCGCCUCAUCUCGUCCGGUGCCGACGGCGCUGUAUUCGAGUUUAGCCUGUGCGACUUUCACAAGGUCCGCGACAGUAUCACAAAGGCCAUGGCGUACUACUGCGCCGCGGCGGAUGUACACACGGUCUGGGCGGUUGGAAACGAUCGGAAGAUGCGGCAGAUGGACCGAGGCACGAUGCUGCAGACGAUUGAGUACGACCUGCCUGGCGCGUCGAUGCGGUGCAUGCUGGUGAGUCAGUCACUGAAGCUCCUCUUUGGGGGCUGCGAAGACGGUACCGUGCGUGUGUUCAAUACGUACCUUGGGGAGAAGCUGAACGGGCAGGUAGUGGACCGUGGCGGUGGCGACGGUCAUCACGGCAACCCACGCACCAUAACGGCGCCACGUGACAUCAUGAUCGAGUCGCACACCACACACACCGGCGUCGUCACGGACAUCGCCCUUGCGCACGACGGGGGCAUGCUUGUCACUGCCGGCGAGGACGGGAUGGUAGUCUUUUGGGACGUCGUGGCCCCGCACCACGGCACUGUAAAGCACAUCGAGUACACGACAGAGCUCCUCGUCGAUCGCCGUGACCUGGAGGCUUCCAUGCAGCUCCUACGCAACCUUACCACCCAAGUGAAGGACCUGCAGCAGCGCAUGGGGCAGCAGAAGCUGAAGAAGGAGCGGGAACAUGAGGAGCAAAUCUCUCAACUUGACCGAGAGUACCGGAGUGAAAUGCAGAAGCAAAAGUCGGAGAUCGCCGUGCUCCAGGCGGCUAAAGGCGAACAGGCCAUUCGCUUCACUGAGUUCAUGGCGGAGAUGGAGCAGAAGUCUGCCCAGGUGCUCCGCCAGACCGAGGAGGACUACCGCUGCAAAAUAGAGUCACUCAGCAGUCGUGCCGAUCAACUGCGCCACCUCCUUGCCGAGGCAGAUGCGGAGCAUACACGCCAGAAGGCCCUCUUGCAGGCUGAGGUCGAGAGCCAGCACCAGGCGGACAAGCGACGGCAUCAGAGGGAGUUCGAGGCUCUGGAUGAGGAGCAUCACCGCAUUGCGGCAGAGAAGGAGCGCAACGACGCGGAGACGGAGGCGAUGUGCGCCAUCAUUGAGGAGGACAACGACACCGAGAUCGUGAAGGCAAAGGAGUGCUAUGAGAAGCGUCUCCGUGAGCAGGAGGAGGAGACGGCUCUACUGCAGUCGGUCAACAAUGCGCUUCUCUCCAAAGUGAACUUGAGCCGUGCUGAGCUGGAGUCCAAGAUGGCCGAUAUCACCGAGAAGCUGCGACAACAGAGGGUGUUAGAGUCGCAUAUCGACUCGGCCAAUCGCGACAUUGAGGCCCUAACAAAUGAGGUACGUGAGCGAGGGGAGGCGAUUGCCGAGAGGGAGCGCCGCAUCCAAGACCUGCGCACCAAGAACCAGGAGCUAGAGAAGUUCAAGUUUGUGCUCGAGUACAAGCGCAAGGAGCUCAAGACGCAGAUUGAGCCAAAAGACAGCGAGAUCAGCGCCUCCAAGCUGAAGCUGGAGCACAUGGAGGCAGAGACGAGCCAGUACGAGUCCAGCAAUGAGCACUUGGUUUUGCAGAUCAAGAGCCUGCGGCAGAAGCGAGCGGCCCAGCAGAAAGAGCUCGACGGCAUCGCGGCCCGCAUAGCCGAGGCCAAGUCGCUUCAGGGUCGCAUGUGGGCGGAGAUCAGCGACACCUACAACGACUAUCGAAUGUCGAAGGACAAUAAGCGACUCAAGUUGCUGGCGAAGACGCUCUACAAGAACCACACGAGUGGGUGCAGACCAGUCAACCAGCACCAGUUUACAUCUGCUCGGACUGCCACAGAUGAGGUUAAGGACUACCACCGGGAGCGUGACCAUCUGGAGGGAAACCUGGCGAGCCUAAAGAAGAAGAUCACCAAGGACGAGGAGAACCAUCGCAUGGAGAAGCAGCGCAUUACAACUGAGAACGUAAUCCUUAUCAAGGAGAUCAACGACCUCCGCAAGGAGGCACGAACGCUGGCUGCAAAGGCCGGCGUGGUGCGUCCCACCGACCCAAACGGCGUCUCUGUGUACGACGAGGAGUACGCGCGGGAGAUCAGCGUGCAGCAAGCGGAGAUAGGGCGACUGCGCGCGAUUGUCCAGCAGCUAGAGGCGCAGCUGAAGGCGAAGGGGCUUCCACUACCCGUCACCGAUGCCUAG